AUGGCCGACGCCGUGGUCUCGCGGAACGGUUUUGCUGCCGCCCACACUGGCUACACCGUCCGCCUCAAGAGCACCGGCGGCGCGCUAUCCGAUUUCGCCCAAGGCGAGGCGCCCAACCCUAGCCUGGUGUCCUCCCAUACCCACCACGCUCCCGCUGCGGCGGCGGCAUCUGUCUCGACUCCGCCAGGCCCUUCCGCAACUUCCGUCACCAGCCCCUCCCCGCCGCCGCCGCCGCCAUUCGCCUACUUCUCUCAUUCUAGCCUCCAAAGGUCCUCCUCCACUCCCAAUAUUCCUAUGCCGGAGCCGAGGGCCGCCGCCAAAAACCGCCCUCCUGCCGAUGCUCCUAUCCGAGAGGAGGAUGAGGAUGAGGACGAGGAGGAAGACGAUGGGCAUAUCAAGACCGACAGCGACAGCGACGACGACGACAGUGAUGAAGACGACGAUCACCAUGAGCAUGACGAUGUUAAUGUGGACGGCAUGGUGCAUGGACACCAAUCAAAGCGGAUUUUGAUGAGUAGUGUGGGAUCUUCUCCAGUAACACCACCUCCGCCUCCAAGGCUGAACCAGACCCCACCAACGCCUGCCACCGCAAUGCCACCGCCCCCAGUGCUGGAGUCACAGAUGGCUACCUGGGAUUACUUCUUUGGCCCAACUCCCACCCCACCACCCACCCUAGAGCAGCCUGCUGAUGAUACUUUGUGGAUGGAAAGGCGUGAUAAUGAGCCAGUGGCUGAGGUGAAGGCACCUGUGGCAAAACCAGUUGUUAGUGAGCCAGCUGCUACUGAGGAAAGGCCACCACAGACAGCCGCAGAGAAGGAGAAAGCAAUUGAGGAGAUGGUGGCUAAUCUACCGCCAUCGAAACCUAUUGUGAGGAAACCACCCAAAGCACCUGGCCCACCACCAGCAGCACACUACCAGCAUGCCCCUUCGAUGGGUGCAGUUGAAACUCGGAAGGGGAAGGCUGGGGAGCUUAUGAAAAUCGAUUAUCAAAAGAAGGUGUCUCUAUUGCAGAAGCAAAAGAAACGGGGUGUUAAACUUGAAACCCUGGAGAAGACAAAAGCUGCUGUUAGCCACUUGCACACAAGGUACAUCGUAGACAUGCAAUCCAUGGAUUCAACAGUUUCAGAAAUAAAUCGGCUUCGGGAUAGACAGUUAUUCCCAAAGUUAGUGGACCUUAUUGAUGGAAUGGCCAAGAUGUGGAGUUCUAUGCACCGUCAUCAUCGAAGUCAGUUUCUGACCAUUUCUGGAAUAAGAGGAUUUGAGAUUCCUCCUGUUCCAAGAGAGACAACUGAUUCUCAUUACAUCCAGACUUGUGAGCUACGUGACAUUGUUAGGGAGUGGCAUACGCAGUUUGAGAAACUGAUGGACAAUCAGAAAGCAUACAUCAGAGCGCUCAAUGCAUGGCUGAAGCUCAAUCUCAUCCCAAUUGAGAGCAACAUAAAGGAGAAGGUCUCCUCCCCUCCAAGGCUGGUGGAUCCACCCAUCAAGCACCUGCUGCACGCCUGGCAUGACGAGCUCGAAAGGCUUCCAAUUGAGCUUGCAAAAACAGCCAUUAAAACCUUUGCCGAAGUCAUAAGCAAUAUCGUGCACCUUCAGGAGGAGGAAGUAAACCUAAGGAGGAGGUGUGAUGAAACUCGUAGGGAUCUGACCCGAAAGAGGGCACAGUUUGAAGAUUGGCAUCAAAACUACUUGGAGAGACGGGCAGCCUUUGGUGAGGAUACAAACCCAGAUGCAGCAGAAACUCAAAACAUAGAUCCUGUCGAGGAUAGGAAACGCAACAUCGAGGAAUUAGAGGUUCGGCUGAGAGAGGAGGAGGGGCACCAUCUUAGGCAUGCCAGGCAGGUGCGGGAGAAAUCACUUGCAAACCUCCGGACACACCUGCCAGAACUUUUCAGGAACAUGGCCGAUUUUGCUUACUUUUGCCAUGACAUGUACAAUAAUCUUAGAAAAACUGCUGUGCUGCCCAAAGAUGAAGUCUAA